CGAAAGACGCAUAGCACAGCGACACCUCUGGACGAUCACUACACGAGCUGGUGUUAUAAAGCGCAAUCCACAAGAGAGUUUCAAUGGAACGUCAACAGUUUUUCCUAAGCCCGUUUUUGGAUGUCAAAUCUCGCUCUGUACAUGUUCCUCCAUACCCACCACUAUCUCCCGGAAUAAAGCAACCGAUUUCUCCGAUUCCACGAGUUCCAGUCACCAAACCUGGUUCAUCUUACAGAAUCGACGACAUUCUGAGUAAACCUGAUCCACAUCCAUCCAUAAGCAUGCCCACAACCAUUCACUACAGGUCAUAUCCUUCCCUACCACAGCGCCGAUACGGCUAUGGGCCAAACGUACCUUAUCUGUGGAGCAACAUGUUGCAGUCUCAGUGGCGAGAAAGAUUCAACGCGGCUCAGGUCCAUUCGGCCUGCGGUGAGAGAGAGACGGAUGGGAAACGGAAACAUACUCGACCAACGUUUAGCGGACAUCAAAUAUUCGCCCUAGAAAAAACCUUCGAACAGACGAAAUACCUUGCCGGGCCUGAGCGAACAAGGUUGGCGUAUUCCCUUGGAAUGACAGAGAGCCAGGUCAAAGUUUGGUUUCAGAACCGUAGGACAAAAUGGCGCAAGCGCCACGCCGCGGAAAUUGGCGCGAAAAAACCACACGAAGACGAUGAAUCCGUCGAUGGCGCACAAAUUGUUGAUGUUCACGAAAGGCAAAGAAGUCCUUCGCCGGAUAACGAAAGGUGUUAAUAAGCAACAAGCACCUUAUGUAAAAAAAAAAAAAAAAAAAAAAACGUGUACUAACUCUGUAGUAUAUUUUGAACGAGGAAACAAAAUGGUCAAAAAAAGGUGCCCAUUGAGAAUCGAUCGAGGACAUAUUUAUUUCAAUCAGGAACUCUGGGAAAACAAACUUUUGGAAUUUUUCAGCAAGAUGAAAAGCUGCUCCAGGGUUCACAUCUUUAUGAAGGCGUCAGAUGAGAAUAUAUAAUAAUAGGCCAUAAAUAUAAUUAUGUCAUAGCUUUUAUUGCAAAUGAUGAACUGUUAAAUGUUGAUAAUGUAUCGAGAGAAAUUCCUAGCUGAAGUGAUUGAAAAUAAUUCAGACCCAAAAUUUGAAAAUCAGUCUAUAUAACAAUUUCUUCUGAAUUUAUUCUGUUCAAAGUUACUGUGAUGUGUUGUGUGUUUUGGUAGCCUUCCACAAGAUACAAAUUGCUUAACAACUUUAAUUUUUAAUGACAUCGCUUGGGUGAAACUUUCAGUUUGUCGGAUGUUCAGUAUAAAUCAAUCUCGUUUUUCACUUUAAAAAAAAAUCAUCACCUCUGUUUUUCUUUUUAUGAAAGAUUUGAGUGUGCCUUUUCUUUGUAUCCGAGUUUUGUUUUCAUCUUCUAAUCGUCGUUUAUUGAAUCAUACUGUUUGUUUUGAACCAGCAGCGUCUAUGCAAUGAAAAACGACGAAAAACCGUAUCGAAGGCUUCAUAAAUCGAUUUUCUCAAAUCUGUUCUUGUCACAGCAAUGCAAAUGGUUUGAAAACAUCCGUGAAUUCCGUGUUAACUUUCGCGAACCGCCUUGCCGUAGAGCAUGCAAUUUUAAGAUAAAUAAUUUAACGAGAUUGCCUUUGGCCAACUAUGAAGAAUAAAUAGCAUUGAAAAUUGCUGAUAAUGAUUCAGUCAGAAAGUGAACACUUGCCAAUGUCUCUUAACACAUUCCCCAGAUUCUGGUGGCUUGUUUGUUUACAGGUUAAUACAAGCAGGUGGUAACAACCAGCCGAUGAUGUGAAUGCAUUAUUGUGGUUACGAAUAACGUUUCACUGCCCGUGUUUUGCUAAAUAAUUCAUAGUGUAAGUCACCGUGAGUCAAUUGAAUCCAGCCACAAGCCUACGCAUUCAGAUAGUAAUAGACAUAGAGGUUAUCUUCCAUCAAAACAUUACGAAGUUAUGCCAUCAUAAAAUAUUUCUUUAAUAUGGAUUUAUUUCUCGAGUGGGCCGAGAUCGAAGUUUUCGUUAGACUGUCAAUUUAGUCAAAAGAUGCUUAUGCCUGCAUGUAUGAAAAUGCAGGUAAAAACGGUAAAACGGUAUUUCCUAAGAAAAGUUCAUUAGACACGUCUGAUCGUAGCAAUUAGAAAUGUUUCUAUUGGCACGGAAAUUUUCUGUCGAUUUUUUUUAACUUGCCUAAAGUUAGCGUAGUAUGGACUCCUAUUCACCAAGUUUUUCCUUCUGUAAAAAUGAAAUACGGUUCCUAUUUCGAUGAUUCUCGAAAUAAUCUGCAAUUUACCACUGACAUAUCUAAAGUAGCAGGUAGAACCCAUUUCAUAAUUGUAACCCCAGAAGCUUUUUCAAACCAAAGCGGGUGAUAUAAAUGUGCACUUUGAUAUGCAGAGUAUGAUUGCAUGGUAUCGCUUUAAUUUAUAGCAACGACGGAUAAUGUUGACAUCGUUAGGUAGGAAAGAACGAGAUGGUAAUUAAAAAUGUUAUCAGUUUAUGAUAACUGUCUGAGGAUUAAUAUCAACGGAUAUCAU